AGCAACGCGACAUUGUGUCGUCGCUCAUCAUCAUCCUCCUCCUUGUCCCCGACACUCACACCGCCCUCAUCCUCACAUCCUCCCACGCUCUCACACUAUCACGCCCCUCUUCACGACCCACCCACUGUCCACUCCAGCUGCAUCUGCACACUUGAAAGGAGACCCAGUCUCGUCAAACACCUCUUAGACAAGUACAGUACAGUACAUUAUCCCGCCCGAAUUAGGUCUCCCCCUCCCCUCCCGCCCGCGUCUCUUCCCUUGAAUCCUCACUCUUUCCCCCAUCCCUCGGUCUCUCUCUCUCGUCUCUCUCAACCUCUCCAGAUCUCCAGCUGCCUCCAGGUCGCGCCCACCCCAUUCGGAUCCUCAUCUUCUAUAUUCUAUCCUUCCAUCUUUCCCUCACUACCUCACCUCCUCUUUCGGUAGAUUCCCCAAACGCCAUCUACUGUAGAGCCCUCCUCCUCCUCCCCUCUUCGACAUGGCGGCCGCAGUUCACGCCCCGCAGAUGGGCGUCAUGGGCCAACAUCCUCACGCAAUCCAACAACAGCAAUAUGAAUAUCAGAAUGCCUACUCGGUCAUGGAGGACUCGGACGACGGCCACUCCCAAGACAUCAUGGACGAAGAUAUGGAAGCCUACUAUCGCCAACACGAGUACGAACAGCACGUUCACCAGCAGCAGAUGCUCGCCCAGCAAAACGGCAUGCAGUACCACCACGAUGACGGAGAUGCCGAGAUGGACGACGGCGACAUGUACGACUCGGACAGCUCGGACGAGAGUGUCCUCCCCGACGAGAACAUUGACUUUGGCCUUAUCUACGCGCGACACACCUUCCUCGCCACCGUGGAGGGACAAGCAUCGGUAGUCAAAGGCGACUCGCUGCUCCUUCUUGACGAUGCCAACUCGUACUGGUGGCUCGUUCGCGUCCUCAAGACCGAGGACGUUGGAUACAUCCCAGCCGAGAACGUCGAGACGCCGUAUGAGCGCUUAGCCCGCCUGAACAAGCAUCGCAAUAUCGAUAUCGCAGCGGCAACAGACCGGGAGAAGGCGGACGCGGAUGCCAAGGAGCAGAAGAGACGUGCGGCGGAUGGGAAGCUCAAGAGUCUUAUCGGCUGGCCACGAAGAGGCUCCACCCAACCCCCAGCUGCUGAUCCCUACGACGAUGACCCAGAGACGCGCGAGGGGCGACGCGUCAUCUUUGGCCCUUCAACGUUCGUUGAUCACCCUGGCGUCACCUGGUCCAGUGAUGAGGAUGACAGUGACGAGGACGAGGAGCAUGACGGCGGUGUUGAGGAUGAUGACCAUGAUGUCAACAUGGACCAACACAUCAACGAACAACUCGGAUACGACGCCGAGCCCGACGAUGGCAUCGAGUGGGCGCAGGACGCCGUCGAGGCCAUGCGCGACGCGAACGUCAGCUCUGGGACAAUCGACCCGCGUGACUCGGACAUGGCCCCCGACGCCCACCCUCACCAAACGGAGCAGUCUGGCAACAGGCAACUUGCCACGGCCGCCGGUGGGGCGGCUGUCGCGGGCGCUGCAGGCUUGCUCGCUGUCAAUGCGUCGGGUAGCUCUGCUUCUGCAGUCCCAGAACCAUCUCCCGACCUGGCCGAGUCUAUUCCAGGUGCAUUCCCUCCAGCGCCAGCAGGAUCGCCUUCCCCAAGUUCCAGUCCAGUCCAUGGACUAGCAGCGCGCGCUCUCCCGACGCCUCCGCCUCACAGGGCGCCACCCAUCUCUCCUUCGCACGAUGCGAGCCCCGAGCCUUUUGCUCGCGAAAUGACGCCAGUCACCCCCCCAGCGCCGUCUUCAUCAACAGUACCGACUGUGACGACUCCCGCUUCCUCAGACCUGCAUGGCGAGGACGCCAGGAGAGGACAUCAGCCAUCUGCGUCGGUUGCAUCGGCCGUGUCCGCGUUCUCGACCACCUCAGGCGAGACGCCCAAUCACACACCACUGCGCUCCUCGGUGCAGUCCGAGGCUUCUUCCUACUCCACCCCACCGAGUGCUGGCGUUCUGGCUGCAGGCGCUGGCGGAGCAGUCGCUGCUGGAGUCGCGGCUGCUGGCGCUGCCGCUCACAUCUCCACCAACCCCACUUCCCCUGCUCCCAUGUCACCCACGGGGACAACACCGGCAUCCCCUGCAUCUGCCGGGCCGCCUGUCGGGUUCGUGCGCUCAACAGACGCGGCGAAGAGGCAGGCGCCUCAGGAGCCCGCCCCAGCGCCUGUCACCAAGCCCCGCGUCCCCGUCGCACCAUUAUGGUACUCUGACGCGUUCGACAUCUCGCGUCUCUCGACGCUCGUGCGUGCGCGCGCUACCGACAUCAAGCGCAACACACCCGUGCCACGGCCGCGCAGGUCUACCGAGCCAGCGGACGCGGUGCAGCGCAUGCUGUACGGCGACCGCCCCGAAGUCGAGCACAUGCCGCCCGACCUCCGCGCGCCCUUCGUCCACUUGCAGGCCAAGAUGGACGCGUUCGAUCGUGAAAUUGAUGACCUCCUCGGCUCACUUGUCGCCGUGUACUAGCUGAACGACCGUCGCAACGAUGUCUGACGACUGCGGGUCACGCGCGAUUGUAUAGUACUGGAUGAUGACACUACACUGUAUAACGUGUGGAUGGAACGGACCAUCCCGAUGAAUGCUGAGCACUGCCUGCUGCUUGCUGUGA